AUGUACGCGGGGCGCAGGCGGAGGAAGCCGGUGCCGCGGGCGACGCGGCCGGGCCCGGCCGAAGGCGGCGGCUCCAACCCGUCCAAGCGGCACCGGGAGCGGCUGAACCGGGAGCUGGAGCGGCUGGCGGGGCUGCUGCCCUUCCCGCCCGACGUGGUGGCCGGGCUGGACAAGCUGUCGGUGCUCCGCCUCAGCGCCGGCUUCCUGCGAGCCAGGAGCGUCUUGGGCGUUGCUGUGAAGAAUCCUGGUGCCAAAGAAGCCCAGACGGACGCAGCCUCUGGCAUUGGACCGGCUCCAGGCUCAGCAGCGGUUCCAGAGGGUGAGCUGCUCCUACAGGCUCUCAAUGGCUUCGUGCUGGUGGUGACAGCAGAAGGGCUGAUAUUUUACUCCUCACAUACAAUCCAGGACUACCUGGGAUUUCAUCAGACAGAUGUCAUGCACCAGAGCGUCUUCGAGCUGAUCCACACUGAGGACCAGCCGGAGUUCAGGCGCAACCUCCACUGGUCUGUGGACCCACCACUCACUCCCAAGGGUGAGGCUCCUCCAGCAGCGGGGAAGAGUCUUGAUUCUUCUGCUGCCUUCUACAAGCCAGAUCAGCUGCCCCCAGAAAACUCUUCCUUCCUGGAGAGGAGCUUUGUGUGCCGCUUUCGCUGCCUCCUGGAUAAUUCCUCCGGCUUCCUGGCAUUAAACCUUCAAGGCAGGCUGAAAUUCCUUCAAGGGCAGAACAAAAGGUCUGAAGAUGGCUCUGCCCUGGCCCCCCAGCUCGCUCUGUUUGCCAUCUCCACACCACUGCAGCCCCCAUCCAUCCUGCAGAUCAGAACCAAGAACAUGAUCUUCAGGACCAAGCACAAGCUGGACUUCACCCCCUUGGCGUGUGAUGCCAAGGGGAAGAUCGUCCUGGGCUACACCGAGGCAGAGCUGCGGAUGUGUGGUACCGGGUACCAGUUUGUCCACACUGCUGACACGCUGUACUGUGCUGAGAACCAUGUCAGGAUGAUGAAGACGGGGGAGAGCGGCCUGACGGUGUUCCGGCUGCUGACCAAGGACAACCGCUGGAAGUGGGUGCAGGCCAACGCACAGCUCGUCUACAAGAACGGCAAACCCGAAUACAUUGUGGUCACACAGAGACCCCUUGUAGAUGAAGAAGGAGGAGAGCACCUUCGGAAGCGGUCCAUGCAUCUUCCCUUUACCUUUGCUACAGGAGAGGCACUUCUAUACCAAAGCUCUCACCCUCUCCCAGGCUUCCCUGACCUUUUCCAGAGCAAAGGGAAGCCCAGCAAGUCCAAGAAGCCCUCCUGCAGCCAUGUAGGGUGCUCCCAGAAGAACAGCAUUGACCCCAGGUCUCUACUUGGCGCUGUGGUGCGACAGGACAAGGUGGUGUACGCCUCCCACCUAGCUUCCCCUCCCAACCCUUCCUUCAGCAGCACUUUCCAGCUUGGGGGCAAGUCCUUGCCAGGCGCAGGAGGGGAUGCCUGGAGUAUGGGCACAGCUCCAGUUUCUUCAAGGGGCAGCAGUCUCCAAGAGAAGCUGCUGGAUUUGCAGCAGGAGGACUCUCUCUUGGCCACCAUGGACUUGCUCUCAAUUAAGAGUGACAAGCGCUGUUCAAACAAGCUCUUCAGUGCUUUGGAGGGCCUGGGCUUGCAUGCUGAGGACCUGGAGUUCCUGCUGCUAGAUGAGGAAAUGGUGAUGGUCAAUAUGGACCCAGACCAGUCCCUGUCCCUGAAUAACAGCCUGGCCGGCAACCAGAAUCUCUCCUACGUCCCCAGGCCUCCAGUGGAUGAGCAUGAGGGAGGGCAGCAGGUCUGUCCCUUGCCAGGCAUGUCACCCGGCCCACAGGGAGGCACUGUUGCAUGCCACAUGGAGAACAAGGACUCGAGGUGGCACCUGGCACAGGGUGCAGGGCAGCACAGCACUGCCCUGGGCCAGCCCCCCGGCCUGCUGUGGGAGCAGCCCCUCGGUGCUGUGAAAGGGCUGCUUCCAGAGCUGGCUGAGCAGGAAGAGCUGCCCAGUGGCUCCCAGUGGAGACCAGCCAGGGAGGAGACUGUGCUCCACUUCCAGCCAGCACAGAGCACCUCAUGGGACAGGGACCCCAGCUCAGCCCCUGGAGCCCAUUGCCCACAGGAAACACCUGGGGCCCAGCAGUUGCAGGGAGACUUCCCAGCCGUGCAGCCCCUCCAAGAGGAUGCCCAUCAGUCUUUCCCCCUGUCCAGCCAGUACCAGGACCAUGUGGCACUGCCCAGCUGGCCAAAACACUGUCACUCGCUGCUGAAUGGGGUGUGUGGCCACAGCCCUAACUCCUCUCCACUCCCCAGCCCAUGGCAGGACUAUGUUUGCCCGCUGCUGGGCUCUUCAGCUCAGCCUGGCGUUAGUGGUCUCAGCCAAAACGUGCUCUCCCAGCCCCAGGGCUGUUUGGGCCCUGGGCCUGGUGUACCCCCACAGCACUUGAACCUGAAUGGAUUAUGCAGCAUGGAAGCUGCCGGCACUGGAGACUCCUGGGAAGAGUUAGCUCCGUACCCCAGGUUUUUUCCCCCUUCCUACCAGCUUAUUUCCGAAAUGCAGCUGAGCCCUGGUCUCUCCGUGCCUCAGCACCCUUUCCCCAGCUCAGCUGCAGGGCACUUAGGGAAUGUCAGCAGCCCUCUGGAGACUCUGAAUUCCUAUAGGACACAAGCCCCUGUGCUGAGCCAGGAGGACAGCCCCGCAGCAGCUGUGGUUUGCCCAGCUCUCCCAUGGGACUGCCCCAAGACCACCCAGUGCUAG